AUGAAAACAAAAUUAUGUUGGAACACACGAUACAGCACAACCUGCGUGACUGGUCUGCUAAAGAGUUGCUCUGCGCCCGCGCAACACCGGCCGGCGGCCGCGCCCCCAUUCGUCGCGAUGGCGCUCCGCUCGCAACUCCUGCGCAACUGUCUCAAUGGCACUGUUCAGUCUCGUUCUUUCCACGAGCUGCAUAAAGAACGCGCAGGAGUCGCCACGCUACGGGACGUGCUCGAGGAUCGGUUACGGGAGAUAAAACGCGCCAAAACAUGGAAACACGAGAGAAUUAUUACUUCUCCUCAAGAUACAAAGGUCACAGUGAAAGGUGCUGAAGGCGAGUUCCUGAAUUUCUGCGCAAACAACUAUUUGGGACUUUCUAAUCAUCCGGAGGUGGUAGAGGCUGCCAGAGAAGGCUUGAAGAAUUAUGGUGCCGGACUCAGCUCGGUCCGGUUUAUUUGCGGCACACAAACUAUACAUAAGGAACUAGAACAUCGCCUAGCCCAAUUCCACAAUCGCGAGGAUGCGAUCCUAUAUGGGUCGUGUUUUGACGCGAAUGCUGGUCUAUUCGAGUCCAUGCUUACCCCGGAAGACGCAGUCUUCUCUGAUGCCCUUAACCACGCCUCUAUCAUCGAUGGCAUCAGACUCUGCAAGGCGCAGAAGUUCCGUUAUCCCCAUAGAGAUUUGAAUGAAUUGGAGCACCUCCUAGCUCAUAGUGAAGCAAGGAUCAAGCUGAUAGUGACAGACGGUGUGUUCUCAAUGGACGGUACUGUGGCACCACUGAAGGGUCUCCGUGACUUGGCAGACAAGUACCGCACCCUACUGGCUGUGGACGACAGCCAUGCCACUGGAUUCUUUGGAGAAACUGGACGAGGUACUGAAGAAUACCUUGGCAUAAUGGGUGCAGCAGACAUCAUCUGCUCGACCCUGGGCAAGGCAGUGAGUGGAGCUGCUGGUGGCUACACGACAGGGCCUAAGGAGCUCAUCACUUUACUGAGAAACGUGUCUAGACCUUACCUAUUCUCUAAUGCACCGCCACCACCUGUCGUCUGUGCGUCGAUUAAGUCUUUAGAUCUAGUAGAACAUAGCGGCGAGCUCCGCCAACGUCUCAGGGAGAACACGCGCGCCUUCCGCGAAGGUUUGAAGUCAGCUGGUCUGACAGUGGCUGGAGACGACCACCCCAUCUGUCCCGUCAUGGUGGGCGAGGCACCACUCGCCGUCGAACUCGCUUCUAAUAUGCUUAAGCGCGGUAUCUACGUGGUAGCGUUCAGUUACCCGGUGGUCCCGAAGGGCGCGGCGCGCGUGCGCGUGCAGCUGAGCGCUGCGCACACGCAGGAGGACGUGGCGCGCGCCGUGCAAGCAUUCGCUGACGUCGCUAAGGAGAUAGGCAUCGUUAAAGCGUAG